AUGGUGGCAACAGGAGAUAUGGGAAUCAGCUGCCUGCCGCAUGCCACAGCUCUUGGUAUCCUGCUGGUCUGGUCAGUCUUACAACUGCAGAAUAUUUCAGCAUCCUGCCCUCAAUGCAAUGAAAAUGCCGCUUGCUACAACAGCUCCCACUGUAUUUGCAAAGAUGGAUUCUGGUCAGAACCUGAUAACAGAAAGAUAAUUGAGCCCCAUGUGAGAUGUGAAGAUAUUGAUGAGUGUCAGUUGGAGCCACUGGUUUGCAAAGAAGUGUCAUACUGUAAAAAUAAAAUUGGUACUUACAUAUGCAGCUGUAUAGUAAAAUAUCCUAUCUUCAACUGGGUAGCUGGCAUUAUAAAUAUUGAUAGUCCUGAGUGUUAUGUGAAAAAACCAAAGAACAUAGAAAACCCACCAGAUGUAUGGGGAGAACUGAUUGGACGUGAAUCUAAAAAGAACAUUGCAAAAGCGGCUACCGAAGUACUUCAUCAAGUGGAACUCCAAGUACUGAAUGAAAAUGCAGCUGCACCAACAAAGGGUGAAAAUUCUAAAUUUGGUAUAGUGUAUGAAACCAAGAGGUGCAAAAGUAUGACUCUUCUGGAAGCUGGAAAUAAUACAAUGAAGAUUGACUGCACUAGUGUUCUUAAAGAAACCAAGAGUGGAGAUGAGACCGCAGUUGCUCUUAUUGCAUAUCAAUCGCUCGGGAAGUUUCUAAAUGGAUCAUAUUUUAAUAACAAAGAAGGGGUUGCAGAAGUAAAAUUGAACUCUCUUAUUGUGAGUGGUGCCAUUCGUUCAGAAGUCAAACCUGUCCUAUCUGAACCUGUAAUCCUGACUUUACAAAAUACUCAGCCCAUUGACCCAAGAGCAGAGCAUCUUUGUGUCUACUGGGAAGGAUCAGAGGAUGGGGGCAGCUGGUCUACUAAAGGCUGUUCUCACAUGCACACCAAUGACUCCUACACCACCUGCAAGUGCUUCCACCUGUCCAGUUUUGCUGUGCUCAUGGCUCUAUCCCUUGAGGAGGACUCUGUGCUUUCUGCACUGUCUGUGAUAACCUACGUGGGACUGAGUCUCUCCCUCUUGUGCCUGUUCCUGGCGGCUGUGACCUUUCUCCUGUGCCAGCCCAUCCAGAAUACCAGUACGGCACUCCACCUGCAGCUCUCCAUCUGCCUGUUCCUGGCCGAUCUCCUCUUUCUCACAGGCAUCAACAGAACUGAGCCUAAGGUGCUGUGCUCCCUCAUUACAGGAAUGUUGCACUACCUCUACUUGGCUUCCUUCAUGUGGAUGCUUUUGGAAGGGCUACACCUUUUUCUCACUGUGAGGAAUCUCAAAGUAGCCAACUACAGCAGCUCAGGAAGAUUCAAGAAGAGGUUCAUGUAUCCUGUAGGCUAUGGAAUUCCUGCCUUUAUUGUUGCUGUGUCUGCAAUAGCCAGACACAAGAAUUAUGGAACACAUACCCACUGCUGGCUCAGCCUUCAUAAAGCAUUCAUCUGGAGCUUCUUGGGGCCAGUAGCAGCCAUUAUCUUGAUCAACCUGGUGUUCUACUUUCAAACUAUGUGGAUUUUGAGAAGCAAACUUUCUUCCCUCAAUAAAGAAGUUUCUACACUUCAGGACACCAAGGUCAUGACACUGAAAGCCAUUGCUCAACUAUUUGUAUUGGGAUGUUCUUGGGGCAUUGGCUUAUUUAUGGUCAUUGAAUUUGGGAAGACAGUGAAAUUGAUCAUUGCCUAUCUAUUCACCAUCAUCAAUGUCCUACAGGGGGUUUUGAUAUUUGUGGUUCACUGUCUGCUUAAUCAUCAGGUGCGAAUGGAAUAUAAGAAGUGGUUUCGUAAGAUGCACAAAGGGGUGGAGAUUGAAAGCACUGAGAUGUCUUAUUCUACUACCCACACUAAAAUGGUAAGCUCAGCUCCCCAUAAAGGCUUUAUGUGA